CCACAAGCCAGCCACACGUGCUUACAGCAGCGCCAUUUCUCCGCAGCCCAAAUCCACCACCCUUUCUGAAUCCACGCUUGUCGACACCUUUCCAGCUCACCUCCACCCAACACCGCCGACAUGUCUGCCAAGCCCGCGUACAAAGUUGCCAACAUUGAGCUCGCCGAGCUCGGCCGCAAGGACAUCAUGCUCUCUGAGAACGAGAUGCCUGGCCUGAUGAACCUUCGCGCCAAGUACGGCCCCUCCCAGCCCCUCAAGGGCGCCCGCAUCGCUGGCUGCCUGCACAUGACGACCCAGACGGCCGUCCUCAUUGAGACGCUCACCGCGCUCGGCGCCCAGGUGCAGUGGUCCUCCUGCAACAUCUUCUCCACCCAGGACGAGGCCGCCGCCGCCAUCGCCGCCACGGGCGUCCCCGUCUACGCCUGGAAGGGCGAGACCGACGAGGAGUACCUCUGGUGCAUCGAGCAGACGCUCGUCUUCCCCGACGGCCAGCCACUCAACAUGAUCCUGGACGACGGUGGUGACCUCACCAACCUCGUCCACGAGAAGUUCCCCCAGUACCUCGACGGCAUCAAGGGCGUCUCCGAGGAGACCACCACCGGCGUGCACAACCUCUACAAGAUGAUGGAGAAGGGCGUCCUCAAGGUCCCCGCCAUCAACGUCAACGACUCUGUCACCAAGAGCAAGUUUGACAACCUGUACGGCUGCCGCGAGUCGCUCCUCGACGGCCUCAAGCGCGCCACGGACGUCAUGAUUGCCGGCAAGACCGCCGUUGUCGCCGGCUACGGCGAUGUCGGCAAGGGCUGCGCCCAGUCCCUCCGCGGCAUGGGUGCCCGCGUCCUCAUCACAGAGAUUGACCCCAUCAACGCACUGCAGGCUGCCAUGGAGGGCUACGAGGUUACCACCAUGGAGGAGGCGUGCAAGGAGGCCAUGAUCUUCGUCACCGCCACGGGCUGCAAGGGCAUCCUCCGCCCCGAGCACUUUGAGCAGAUGAAGGACGACGCCAUUGUCUGCAACAUUGGCCACUUUGACUGCGAGAUUGACGUUGCGUGGGUCAAGGCCAACGCCAAGUCUGUCAUGAACAUCAAGCCCCAGGUCGACCGCUACGAGAUGGCCAGCGGCCGCCACAUCAUCCUCCUCGCCGAGGGCCGCCUCGUCAACCUUGGCUGCGCCACGGGCCACCCCAGCUUUGUCAUGUCCAACUCCUUCACCAACCAGGUCCUCGCCCAGAUUGAGCUCUGGACCAACACCAACAAGUACCCCCUCAACGUGCACGUGCUCCCCAAGAAGCUCGACGAGGAGGUCGCCGCCUCCCACCUCGACAAGCUUGGCGUCAAGCUCACCAAGCUCUCCGCGGACCAGUCUGAGUACCUCGGCAUCCCCUCUGAGGGCCCCUUCAAGCCCGAGCACUACCGCUACUAAGCAGCUCCACCCCACCCACCUACUCCCCUUACAUGCCCUCAACCAACACAACACCUCUUCCUCCUGUUAUGCUCGCGUCCCUCUUCCCCUGCCUUUUUUCUCCUCCCUCUUGUGUGUGACUGCCCCGUUUCGAUGUCUCUUGGUUUCUUCUAGCGUCGUUUCUCGUUGCAUUUGGUAGCUUGACCAUGGAUGGGAUCGUGUUGGCUGGCUCGCUUCUUGCUUGCUCGCUUAACAAUGGAUGGAUUGGACGAGUGGUGGCAUGAUGAUUGAUUGUCUCUUUUUUCUUCGUUUCCCCCCACACCUCUCUUCUCUUCUCUGCUGCUGUGUGUCUGUUCCAAUACAAGACACCAGUACAAGUGGAUAUACGGAGA